CCAAAUCAAAAUUUCUUUCCUUCGUCAACUCCUCCAAACCACAAUGGCGACCCUCCUCCCCCCGCCCAGUAAACGCCAAAAGCUGGCUCAGGCCGAAAAGGCCAGAGAGCAACAGGAGAUUCAAAGUAUUCCCACCGAUUUGGGCAGUGUUCGCGUCCAAUUCUACGACCAGGCUACCGGCAAUGCCACCGGGCCUGCGGUGUCGGUCCCAGUGGCCGAUGCGAAUAUUAAGAACCUCGAGACGCUGCUGAAUACCCUACAAGGGAAUGACGACGAUGACCGCGUCCCGUACCGGUUCACCUACCAAUCCGACAAGGAAGAUGGACAAACCAUCGAUAUCCUCGCCGAUCUAUACCACUCGCUGCUCCAGCCUGGGAUCAAAACCACCGAAGAUACCGUUUCGCUCUACUUCACCCCGCAAGCCGUCUUCCGAGUCAAGGCGGUUUCUCGCUGCGCCGCUUCCAUCGCGGGCCACGGCGAGGCUAUCUUGGCAACCUCUUUCUCCCCCGUUAACUCGUCCACCAUGGUCUCCGGCAGUGGUGACUCUACAGCCCGAGUCUGGGAUUGCGAGACGGGUACCCCGUUGCACACCCUCAAGGGUCACACCAGCUGGGUUCUGGCGGUGGCAUACUCGCCCAACGGCGCGAUGAUCGCGACCGGUAGUAUGGAUAAUACCGUGCGGUUCUGGGAUGCGAAGGAGGGAAAGGCGCUGGGUGGACCGGUCAAGGGCCAUACCAAGUGGAUUACCAGUCUUGCUUGGGAGCCCUACCACGUGCAGGAGUCUGGACGGCCGCGUCUGGCGUCGGCGUCAAAGGACUCGACCGUGCGCAUCUGGGAUGUCGUCUCGAAGCGCAUCGAGCACGUUCUCACCGGACACAAGGGCUCGGUGAGCUGUGUUCGAUGGGGUGGUACCGGGCAGAUUUAUACCGCGUCGCACGAUAAGACGAUCAAGAUCUGGAAUCCCAAGGAGGGUACGCUGAUCCAGUCUCUGGCGGCGCAUGCCCACCGUGUGAACCACUUGGCUCUCUCUACCGAUUUUGCCUUGCGUACGGCUUACCAUGAUCACACUGGUAAGGUGCCGGCUACGGAGGCGGAGAAGGUGGCUGCGGCGCGAAAGCGAUUCGAGGAGGCGGCUACCGUGAACAAUAAGAUCGUGGAGCGAUUGGUCUCGGCUAGUGACGAUUUCACCAUGUACCUGUGGGACCCGGCUUCGUCUAAUAAACCCGUUGCGCGACUCUUGGGUCAUCAGAAGGAGGUCAAUCAUGUCACCUUCUCGCCGGACAUGGCGUAUAUUGCAUCUGCCGGUUUCGACAACCACGUCAAGCUUUGGAAUGGACGUGAUGGAAAAUUCAUCACCACAUUCCGCGGCCACGUCGGCGCCGUCUAUCAGUGCUGCUUCUCAGCCGACUCUCGGCUGCUGGUGUCUUCUUCCAAGGACACUACUUUGAAGGUCUGGGACGUCCGGACGGGCAAGUUGGCUACGGAUCUACCCGGCCACCAGGACGAGGUCUUUGCGGUAGACUGGAGUCCCGAUGGACAAAAGGUGGGGAGUGGCGGCAAGGACAAGGCGAUUCGAAUCUGGCGGAACUAGAGUAGAUAUACUAGAGUCCAAUAUAGAAUGAUACCCAAUGUCUGUUCUGCAUGAAACAACCCCUCUCCCAUCCGUUCUCUCGACCAUACAAGAGGUAAAGUAAUUUUUUUUUUAAAAAAAAGGGGAGAACUCUCGUUAUGGUCAGUCAUUAUUAUUUUGUAUUUAGGUCGCCCAAAACACUCUACUUGCACGAGCAAGUUUGCAACUGAUAUACAAGAACAACAAUGCUAAGCUGAACGCGAUUGUAAUCAAUCAUCAAAUAAAUAAGAUCAAGUCCCCGUAAAUCCCACACUCGUCAUGCAACGCAAUUAACCCUCCACUUAAGCGUACUGCCAAGCAGGAACGUCACCCUCAUAAGGCAGCGCCAGCGCCGAGAAACCCAGACAGUCACCGACAUUACCAGAGGGCACGGUCGCAUUGCUGAUGGCGGCAAACACCUGCCAGCGGUUGUCCUCGGUCGGGCAAGCCAUGAGGCCGCUCGCACCCCAACCGUUGAAGGUAUAGUGGGCCCAGGGGGUACCGGGCUCGUAGGCCAGGUUACCGACUGAAGAACCGGCUGGGAUGGAGGCGGAGUGGGCCUGGGUGAAGCUCAGGGCACCGGCGGGAUCGACGUAGACUUGUUGGCCGCCGGGAACUUCGACGUCC